AAUUUGGACUACUUUUUGAUGAUAAUUUUUUUUGAAAAAUUUACUAAACUAGUGCAAAUAAUAGCUAAUGUAGGGUUGCUCCUGCAUAGAAGUAAAUUGGCAAGAGUCAAAACUCCUCCAAAAAUAGAAAGUAAGUUGGCAGAAACCUAACUCCUCCUAUUAUAAAGUUGCCAUGUAAUAGUUCAUAUUAUGUGCUCAUAUCCUUCAAAAGAUAUGGAGAAAAGCGAGUCUCUGUUGCCCUAUGCAAAUGCAACCUUUUCAUCACCCCCUAAAGAUAAGAAGCAUUUUGUGCUAGUUCAUACGGCAUUCCACGGAGCAUGGUCCUGGUACAAGAUUGUGGCAUUGAUGAGAUCUUCGGGGCAUAAUGUAACAGCUCUUGACUUGGGUGCUUCAGGGAUCAACCCCAAACAGGCCCUUGAAAUCCCAUUUUUUUCUGAUUACUUGAGUCCGCUAAUGGAGUUCAUGGCUUCACUUCCCGCAGAUAAAAAAAUAGUUCUUGUAGGUCAUGCCUUUGGUGGACUCGUCAUUUCUAAAGCCAUGGAAACUUUCCCAGAAAAGAUUUCAGUUGCUGUAUUUGUCACUGCUCUAAUGCCUGGUCCAAAUAUCAAUGCAGCCACCCUUUACACUAUGGUAUCAAUUUUCCAUAUUCCCAACUUUAAGCCAUGAGAUGAUCUAUUAAGUUUGUUUAAACUUUUACAUGGUUGAAACUAAAUAUACUUCGUUAUAGGUAGUCAGUGCAGUAAGCACUCAACUUGAUAAUCAUGUUACAUACGACAAUGGACCUACAAAUCCUCCAACCACCCUCAUCUCAGGUCCAAAGUACUUGGCAACUAAUUUUUACCAGCUGAGUUCGAAUGAGGUAAGCAAAUCAUAAUACAAAUUUAUAUUGUAAUUGAAGUAGCGAAUACAUUAUGUUAUUCUGGUCAUGAGAAUGGCCCUAAAUGACUGACUGACUUCUUUGGCAAACAAUUACUAGUAGGCAUCACCUAUUGGCUAUUGGAAGAUUUCAGUAGUUUAUACAAAUUACAGAUCUAUUCAAGUACUUAACCCGCAACAUCAACUAAGCCUAAUUUAAAUCAUGUUUUUCCUUCUUGGUGUUAGGAUUUGGCACUGGCCACUACACUAGUAAGGCCAUUUUAUUUAUACAACGCGGAAGAUGUUUCUAAGGAGAUAGUUCUUACAAGGAAAAGAUAUGGAUUAGUUAGGCGAGUGUUUAUUGUUGCUGCUGAAAAUAAUGCCCUGACAAAGGAAUUUCUAAAAUUGAUGAUUGAAAAGAAUCCAUCAAAUGAAGUGGAAGAGAUCCAGGGCUCCGACCACAUGAUGAUUAUGUCUAAGCCCAAACAACUUUUUACUACUCUUCUGAGCAUUGCCAACAAGUAUAGCUAAUUAAGAGCUGUUAGUUAAGAAGAAUAAGGGGGACAGGCUUAAGGCUGAGAAUAAAACUUCAGUCAAUUCACAUAUUUGAUGCAUUUAUAUGACGACUCAGUUUCUUCCAUAGAAGUCCUAGUUAAUUUGAUAUUUCAAUUUUCUUUCGGUUGUUAUUUCCUUCAUUGUUAUUUCAGUGUUUGAAAUUUACAUCAAUAAAGGACCUCAAUUUCCUGUAAUUACUUAAAUUUAGUUCAAGACCAAACAGUUAAAUCUCGUCAAUGGGGAGGAGGACAAUAUGAAUGAGGAAUAUGCUGUAGAUGAGCAAAAGCUCGUUGAUGCCAUUUACCUCAAUCCACAACUUUAUAAAUGAAUAAACAGUGCAGGAACUGGGAGUUAUUGUGUACAAAUGCAGGUCAUAGUAGCAGAGUGUAAGGAGGUCUAUGUGAGUCGAACCAUUAAAAUUAUAGCCACUCUUACCCCCUCCCAGGACCCUCUUUCUCUUCAAGCUCAUACUUUUCUCAACAAUUAAAUCCUUACACUUUUUAUUUAUCACUGUUACCAAAACUUGGUCCUAGCUAGCUAGCCGAAAAUUUAGGUUAGGAGGAACUAAAAUCUAAAUGCCACCUUUCAUUAAAGAUUGUAUGCUACGUGCACUUUAAUUUAUUUUUUUUAAAAUGCUCAAACACGAAAUGCAAUUCCUUUUUCCAAAGCUAUAAAUACCAUCAUGAAUCAAUUCAAUUUCUUCAUCUUCUCCCUCGGUUUCAUUUUACUAGGGCCAUAUUAACUUGACACAUCCGUUAAGAAACCUUUAUGUGCUCAUUCUUCAAAAGAAGGAUACAAAGACAUGGAGAAAAAUAUGUAUCUAACAAGUCUAGUAGUUCUAAUACUUCUGUUGCCAUAUGUAAAUGCAACCUUGUCAGGGUCUAAAUUUCCUAAAGCUAGCAAGCACUUUGUGCUAGUUCACAAGGCAGGCAAUGGAGCCUGGUCUUGGUACAAGAUUGUGGCAUUAAUGAGAUCUUCAGGACAUAAUGUCACAGCUAUUGACUUGGGUGCUUCAGGAAUCAACCCUAAGCAGGUCCUCCAAGUCCAACAUUUAUCCGAUUACUUUAGUCCACUAAUGAAGUUCAUGGCUUCUCUUCCAGCACAUGAAAAAGUGGUUCUUGUUGGCCAUAGCCAUGGUGGGUUAGCCAUAUCUAAAGCCAUGGAAAGUUUUCUCGAAAAGAUUUCAGUUGCUGUAUUUGUCACUGCUCUAAUGCCUGGUCCAACUCUCAAUGCAACCACUGUCUACAUGGAGGUAUCAAUUUCUCAUAUGUAUUCUCAAUUUUUUGCCAUGGGGAUGAUCUGUUAUAUAUGUUAGCUUACACUUUUUAAAUGUUUGAAACUAAAUAUACUUUGUUAUAGUCAUCUAGGGGAGUAUUAUCUGCACUUGAUAAUCGUGUGACAUAUGAUAAUGGACCUACCAAUCCUCCAACCACCUUCCUUGAUGAUCCAAAGUAUUUGGCCACUAAUGUUUACCAUCUGAGCCCAAUUGAGGUAAGUAAAGCAUAACAUAGAUAUAUACAUGAAAUAGCAAAGUCUUGUUAUUCUGGUCAUGGACAUGGAAAGUAACUGAUUUAAAUUAGUUUAUUUUUCCUUCUUGGUGUUAGGAUUUGACGUUGGCCACUACACUAGUAAGGCCGCUAUACUUAUACAGUGUGGAAGAUGUUGCUAAGGAGAUAGAUCUUUCAAGCAAAAGGUAUGGAUCAGUUAGACGAGUGUUCAUUAUUGCUGCUAAAGAUAAAUUUCUAAAGAAGGAAUUUCAAAGGCAGAUGAUUGAAAAGAAUCCACCUGAUGAAGUGAAAGAGAUCGAGGACUCUGACCAUAUGGUCAUCAUGUCUAAGCCCCUUCAACUUUUAACUCUUAUUAUGAGCAUUGCUCACAAAUGACAGACACAGCUUUUCAUUACAUAUUCAAGAAUGAAGCUUAGUUGAAAUAAUUUAAACUACACAUGACUGCAUAGCUGAGGAGGGAAGCAGCAAUUCACAUAUAUGAUGCAUUUCUAUGGCGAUCUCAUGAAUUCUUUCAUGGAAGCCCCAAUGUCGAGUUAGUUAAUUUGACAUCUCAAUCAUUUUCUUUCAGUUGUUGUUUCGUUUCGUUGUAAUUUCAGUGUUUGGAAUUGACAUCAGUAAACUAUCUCUAUUUUCUCUAAUUACAUAUCAAUAUUACUAUCUUGGUUCAAUUGGACUGUUACAAUCGGUACCACAACACUUUCCCCUUAUCUCGUGGGUAAAACAACUAUGUAGGAAGGCACGUGAUUGAAGGCGCAAGAUGAAAGAUUGAACAAACGAAGGGAAAGAUGGAAGAGAAACAAUCAAGGAUUUGACAAGAUAAAACUCUCACAGACUAGUAUCAAAAUAAAACACACAGAAUCAAUUUUGUUGAUUCCGUAGCAAGUCCAUCCGCAACUUGAUUGGCCUCUCUAUAAUAAUAAUAAUAAUAAUGAUGGUUAGACUAGGUUAAAGUUUCACAUUGAUUGAAAAAUAAAUGGGCAGUCUGCUUAUAGACUUGAACAAUUCUCUGCUCACCUUAGGUGCCAUAUCUUUAAAUGGUGUUAGAAAACAUUUUUCCGAGUUACCUCAGAAAGCUUGCCGGAAUUGGCUCAGUAUGUAAAUGAAAUUUAGCUGCCGCCACCAACCUAAGAACGACCAUCUUACCCCGAUCUACAAAACCCCAGAAGCCGGUUUCCAGAGGAGAAGUGCGUGAAUCACACGCGUCGUUCAAGCUGGCGGAGACAACCCAGUCCGAAGAGCGCGUGAAGGCGCGUGAGUGGACAAAUCUUGGUCCGGCUCUCUGUUACAAAAUCUGUUUGGCAUCUCCGGUUGACUUGUGGUGGUCGCCUUAUUAUAGGACCAUUUUUCCAAGAAGAAAAUCCUCCAAACAGAAACUGUAACCCUCUUUGGUCAGGUUUGAGACGAAUCUGUUUAUUGCUAAUUUUUUCUUGAUUCUGGAAACUGCCUAUGACUGCAGCAAUGAGUUGAAUUGUUGCUUGACCAAUUUGUGACUUGAUACUAUCUGUUGGCGGCUAUUUGAAGCCUAUUUAGGAAAUUAUUUCUAGAGUGCAGCAUCAAGUUUGGCCAUUGUAAAGUUCUUUGUUAUUGUGUUAUUAGGCUGUUGUUUGUUUCUUUGGAGGGUUUGAUGGACUUGCGAAUACAGUUGGGCAAGUCUCUCAAUAUCAGAAAUUAUUGAAGGAAUGCACUUUUGCCAGGUUAGAUAGAACAUGUCUUAUAUUACAAAAGUGGCUCACAUAUAUCUAUAGUUACAUAAAUGGCCCAAAUAUACCCAUCCAAUAUGAAAAUAAAAUAGUGAAUGAUUUCAUUCCAAUUAUCUGGAGAAAACAGAAAUUUUACUUAUUUAUUCUCUUUUGAUGAAUGAUUGAACUUCCAAGAAACAUAUCCAAUAAAAAAAUAAAAUGUCCCUAUAGCAAUUAGCACCUAACAUGGGGUUACUUCAGCAUGAAAGUAAGUAAAUUAAUUAACAAAUGUCAAACUCCUGGAAUUAUAUAAUUGCCUUGUAAUGGUUCAUACAAUGUGCUCAUUCUUCAAAAGAAGAAGAAAAAGAUAUGGAGAAAAGCAAGUUUCUAACAAGUCUAGUUGUUCUAAUACUUCUGUUGUCAUGUGUAAAUGCAACCAUGUCAGGGCCUAAACGGCCUAAAGCUCGCAAGCACUUCGUGCUUGUUCAUGGGGCUUGCCAUGGAGCAUGGUCUUGGUACAAGACUAUGGCGUCAAUAAAAACAACAGGGCAUAAUGUAACAGCUCUGGACUUGGGUGGUGCAGGGGUCAACCCGAGACAGGUCCUUCAAAUCCCACAUUUAUCUGAUUACUUUAGACCACUAAUGGAGUUCAUGGCUUCUCUUCCAGCAGAUGAAAAAGUGAUUCUUGUUGGCCAUAGCCUUGGCGGAUUUGCCAUAUCUAAAGCCAUGGAAAGCUUUCCUGAAAAGAUUUCAGUUGCUAUAUUUGUCACUGCUCUAAUGCCUGGUCCAAUGCUUGAUGCAGCCACCAUCUUCAAUGAGUCAUCCAGUGGAGCAAUAUUUAAACUUGAUAAUCGUCUUACAUUCGAUAAUGGACUUGCCAAUCCUCCAACAACCUUCAUCUUUGGUCCAAAGUACUUGGCGAGUUAUCUUUAUCCACUGAGCCCAAUUCAGGACUGGGCACUGGCUACUACAUUAGUAAGGCCAAUUUAUUUUCACAGUUUGGAUGAAAUAUCAAAGGAGAUAGUUCUUUCAAACAAAAAUUAUGGAUCAGUUAGACGAGCGUAUAUUGUGGCAGCUGAAGAUAAAAUUCUAAAGAAGGAAUUUCAACAGUUAAUGAUUGAAAAGAAUCCGCCAGAUCAAGUGGAAGAGAUUUUAGGAUCUGAUCACAUGCCCAUGAUGUCUAAGCCCCGUCAACUUUUUACUCUUCUUAUGCGUAUUGCCAAGAAAUGACAAGCUAUCUUAAUAGCUUAAACCAGCUUGUAUUACAUAUUCAUGAACAAUGCAUAGUUGAAAUAAAAUUAGAUUACCCUUUGUUGAAUCAGUCUUUUGUUCAUUGUGUAGAGAUUCCCUUUGUUGUUCCCCACAAAAAACAUCUUGGAAAUGUUCAACAUAAGCAGAGUUGUAAUUUUUGGGCUUAUCACUUGGCGUCAGGGAUUUUGUGAAA